AAUCGACGUGCAUACAGAGCUGCGUAGCUCAUCGCGAAAGAUGCGUCUGGUGGUGCUGAUGGUGGUGUUGGCCGCGUACCUGGCGACGGUCGCCGAGGCGGCCAGGGGUGGUGGCAGGGGCAAGGGCGGCGGCCGUGGCCGCCACAGCAUGGGCUCGCGGAUGCCCAUCAUGAUCCACCGCAAUCCGGCCAGCGCCAGUUAUUACAACAACAAGGACGGUGCUUCGAUAGUAAAAUCGUCCCAUUUUGAGUUGGACUACAUGCUAGGUCGGAAAAUCACCUUUUUCUGCAUGGCCAAAGGUUUACCGCGGCCCCAUAUUACCUGGUUCAAAGACGGAAUCGAAUUGUACGCCCACAAAUUUUUUCAAGUUCACGAGUGGCCGAUAGGCGAGGACACAAUAAAGUCGAAAAUGGAAAUAGACCCGACAACGCAGAAGGACGCCGGUUACUACGAGUGUCAGGCGGACAAUCAGUACGCCAUUGACCGCCGAGGGUUCAGAACGGACUACGUCAUUUACAACAGUUAAUCGUGGGGCGACUGGUGGAUUCUUUUUGUACAAUUCAGGGCUAUUAUUAUAUACAGUUUGGUCCCGUUUUUUUAUAUAAAAAUGUUAAGGAAAUAAAUAAAAUUUGAGUUUUCAAAUAAAGA